AUGGUAUUAGAUGACACAAACGGAUCGAAUAGUAUGGAGGAGGAAAAUUCACGAGAUAAUGUCUCUUUGUUUGACAAAUCUCCUCGAAGGGAUGCAUCUGGUUUUCUGGUUCCCUUUGCUAAGCAGGGAAUUGCGGAAAUAGAAUAUCCAAUUGAAAUUUGGUUAUCCCUCUUUGUUCCUAUUGUUGGUCGAGAACUUGUGAUGCCUAAUGAACAUCUCGAACGAGAUAUGCCAGCGAGGUAUGUAGUUGCUAACUCUCUUGGUUGUGGUUCUCCUAAAUGUAAAACUGAUUUGGAGACGUUUGAUGUUGUGUACCUUGCUGAAAUUUUCAUGGAAGUGGUGAGUACUGAAGAUCUAUUUCUUGAAAAAUAUAUCUUGGAGAAUGAGAGUGUCAUCUCCACAAGUGCAAUACUUGAAUUACUUCUUGCCGCUGAAAAUGGAAAAUUUGUUGGGGGAUUCAAUGGUCAACAUACUUUGAGUCAGUUUCCAUUUGUUCCUGCUGCUAAUUUCCUUAUUGUAAACAUUUCCGUGACUGCAAUGGAUCUUGGUGUAUGGGAUCCAGGAAUAGGUAUCGAGUUCAUGGCUCUAACAGGAUAUAAAGAGAACAUAGAGGUACUACUAUUAUUGGGAUGUACUGGCACGUUUUUCUUAAUUGCGUAUUCAAAUUCUAUGAGUAGAGUGUGGGAUCCCGGACAACCAGGGUGUGUAGAUUCCUACUUGCCCAAUGAGUUCUCUAUUGUCUAUGACCGCAUUGCAUUCACAUGUCCUUUAAUUGCAUAUACACUAGUCUUAGAUGAAUAUUAUGAUGUAAAACAUGACGUUUUGGUGGCUAACUUCAAGCAAACAUCAGUUUGGCUUUGUCAGUAUAUCAUUAUGCUUGCUGCCAUGUUACAAGAGUGGAAAGUGAUUGUAUUAAUGAGCGGAUAUCAAGCGAAGCCUCAGGUUGUGCACGCUGCUGGUUACACACUUCAUGGGAUCAUUGAGAUGGUAGAGUCAGUUGCACGUCAUAGAUUACAUCAUGGCUUAGAAAGAACGUGAUUGUUAUUGGUUGAUAUCAGUUCCACUGGAGAGAUUUGGUGGAAGGCAAGCUUCUAAAACUACUGAUCGGUACUUCGAGGCUGAUAAUUUUAGCUUCGACGGGUCUGAGCGUGUUAAGGAGUAUU